UUAGGUAAUUGAUCAAUUUGGAGUACCGGUAAAAUCACGUGCUAGGGUUUCUUAUCCUACUUGCCCUGUCGCACCUGUUUUGCAGCAGCUAAUUUUGCCCCUCCAUCGGCUAACUCCACUCUGAUUGGCCCAAUUCUUUCUCCUUAGCAGUGGAGCGCCUCUAAACAAUUUUGGACCUAGACAAAGUUGCGCGCACCAAUUUCAACACGGAAAACAACUCCUACAAUCCACCAGCCCAACUUUCUCUUUUUGACAACUUCCAACCAGAAAGUCCUGUACGUGCGAAUCUCGUAUCCUUCUUGUCAAUUACCAUUUUCUAACAUUAUAGGAUAAUAGAGAACACCGUCAUCAUGGUCAAGAAGAGAAAGAACAACGGCCGCAACAAGAAGGGCCGCGGCCACGUCAAGCCCAUCCGAUGCAGCAACUGCUCGCGAUGCACCCCCAAGGACAAGGCCAUCAAGCGCUUCACCAUCCGCAACAUGGUCGAGUCCGCCGCCAUCCGUGAUAUCUCGGACGCCUCCGUCUUCUCCGAGUACACGGUUCCCAAGAUGUACCUCAAGCUGCAGUACUGUGUCUCUUGUGCUAUCCACGGCAAGAUUGUCCGUGUCCGAUCGCGUGAAGGCCGCCGAAACAGGGCUCCUCCUCCGCGUGUGCGUUACAACAAGGAUGGCAAGAAGGUGACUCCCACCCAGACUGCCAAGGUUGCCUAAAUGCUUCUUUUCGGUGUCUAGGGGAGUGAUAGGGUCUGGGACGAUGAAUCUGGUCAUCUGGUCAUCGGAAAUGGUUUCACUUGCAUGAAAAACGGUUUUCGGUAUGAUUACUACCUCAGAUAAUGACUUAUGAAUCAAGUCAUAUUGCCACGACGUAAAACAACUGCUUUUUAUUGGCCAUUCAUAAUUACGGCUUUUACCCUCUGUGACCUAAUUUUCCCAUCAUCAAGUACAUUUGAGACUUCGGUCUAGAUGGCUGGGCUUUCAAGUCUAUCAUAUUAGUCAAAGGCUUUAUUCAACUGGACUGUCUAAUCA